AUGGCCCUCAGGUUCACCCUUUACAUCCAUAAAGGACAGCUCCAGUGGUAUUCAGUGGUAGUGGUAUAGACAGUUUACUGAGAAAGAGUAUUUGACUCUGGUUAGUUUUCAACUUUAGUAACUUUUAUCUUUAGUAACCUUAGAGUUAACUCAUUUUGAGGCUUCAGCACUUUUUGAGAGAGCGCCAAGAGAGCUCUUUCCCCUGAGAAACCAACGAGACCUCCAUUUACUUUUCAAUACCCUCGUCUUGACCACACCAACAUCCAGCAAAGAUGUACAGCAGCAACAGCUACUCGCAGGCCAAGUUUGGCCUGGAGGCCAAGGACGCCCACAAGCCAAAGGGAAAGAGCUGCGGCUACUACAUGAGGCUCGUCUUCUUCUUCUCCUCUCUGAUCCAGUCCCUCAUCAUCGUCAGCCUGGUGCUCUUCCUGGUCUACGGCCAGCCAGAGAAGUCUGCUGAAGAGAGGAGGGUGGAGGAGCUGGAGCAGAGUUUGAACAGGAUCAGCGAGAACAACAUUAACCUGAGGAAGGAUAAAGCUGACCUGGGAGCUGCGCUGGGGGCCAGGACGGCUGAGAAGACUGCCCUGGAGGGAGAGGUGGCCGCACUGAAGAAAGCAGCUAAUGCCUCCGGGGAGCAGAUCAAAGCCCUCAUACUGAAAGCGAGCCAUUGUGAAACAGAAAGGAAGAAAUUAGAGAUGUUCUGUGGUACCCCUGUCCGGUGUCCCACCAUCCCCUCAACUCCUAACACUGAGGUAAAAACCCUCCAGUUUCUGAACUCCCAGCAGGCAGCGAUGAUCAAACUGAUCGAAGCCAACUUCACCCAGACCAGCCAGUAUAUCCGCAUGGAGAGGGACAAUGCCAUCAAGGACCGCGAUGCCCACAACCUUGAGACCAUCUCUUUGCGGAGGGAGAACACCAACCUGAAGGAACAGCUGAACCUCUACACCCAGAAGUGUAAAGAGGACUUUGCCAAGUCUCUGGAGGGGAUCCAGACGGUGACCAGUAACUUCCUGGUGCGCAUCGACAACCUGUUCCCCCACUCCAUGACCUUUCACCUGACCUGUGAGAAGCAGACAGAGCAAAUGGAGAACAUCAGGGCCAGAUGCUCCAACCUGUCUAAAGAGGUUGAGAACAAGUUCCAGACAUACCUGGACAACGUGGGGAACAAGGUGGCAAACAUCCAGACCCAGUCCAGUCGCCUGGAGGUCCAGAACAGCCAACUGACCCUUGACCUCCAGCAGUGUCGUCACAACCGCAGCGUGACGGCGGCGGAGGGCAGCAGGCUGCUGCUGGAGACCCGGGAGAACCACGACAGGCAGGUGGAGACCCUGCUGAAGGAGCAGAACCGACUGAGGGAGGAGAAGAGCUUGCAGGGAGAGAGACUGGCUCUGAGGGAGGCUGAAGUCAACACACUCAAAGGGAAUGUCCAGUCACUCACCGCCAACUGUAACGCUAAGCUCGCCGGCCCAAAGCCUGCUGGACUGAUGUCAUCCUUGAAGGGAGGACCAUCUAUUGGAGCGCCAGUGAUCAGUAAACCCCCCAUGGUGAGGUGAGGAAGAUGGCCUACCUGGGCCAUGACAGAGUGAGAAAAUGAAGGGACUUACUGAUAUGGUCCCUGGAGGAUUGGGUGUGGUGCCUUUCAAUGAUCAACGUGUGCUCUUAGAUUUUAGAAUAUCCAUGUGUAAAUACUACAGACACUAUAGGUUCUAUCUACUGUCCUACAUGAUGUAUACUGAACAAAAAUAUAAAUGCAACAUGUGAUGUGUUGGUGCCAUUUUUCAUGAGCUGAAAUAAAAGAUC